AUUUUAUUGGCAUGGACACUCGAAUCUCCGUUUCAUCCCAUAAAGAGCAGAACUCACUUUUUGCAUGUCUUCCUCUGCCAAUGUUGUGUUUGACUUGCACAGUUCACGUAAUGAAGGCCGCCUUUUUUAAACCGUUAGUAUAAUCCCAGCGAUUUUUUCGCUUUCUUUUCACCUGCCAUUUCCAUCCCACUCAAAUCUAUGACCUAUCUGAUCCAUCAAAUUCAGAAUUCAUGAAUUAGCGACUUCAAAAACGAAGACGACACGAUUCCACGUCCAAGAAAUUACAGCGAUAAAAUCGGGAAGGAUAGCGAGUGGAGAAGGAUCGUUUGGGAGGAUUCUCCAACCACUUCUUUGUGGCCUCUUAAAACAAGUGGAAGUCAAUGUACAAUGGUUAACUUGAUCGGGACGUACUUUACAAAGAAUUCAGAUUAGAAGAAAAAAUAUAACUGAGGGUUGCAUUGAAGUCCAGCAAUUUCUUGAUGUUCUGUUUGAAGUAUGGGAGACCGUUUUGCUUUACCAGUGGGAUUGAUGCUUACUGAUUCAACCCUUGAAGCGAUUAUACAGAGCAAAAAUCUCUCGCUACCCGCUGCUGUUGAAAAUUUGAGUGAUGACUUUAGUUCCCAUAGGAUUGAUAUUAAUGAUCAAGGGGUAGGAUCAUCACCAAGAACAUUGUUAUUGGUGGAAUGUAGGAUUUGCCAUGACGAAGAUGAAGAUUUGAACAUGGAGAUACCCUGCUCCUGCCGUGGAAGCUUGAAGUAUGUCCACCGGCGAUGUGUGCAGCGAUGGUGUAAUGAGAAGGGAGACACCGUCUGUGAAAUUUGCCACCAGCAAUUUAAGCCGGGAUAUACAGCACCACCGCUUCCUUUAUUUCAUCAUAGUAGGAUUCCAUUGAACUUAAGAGAAAACUGGUAUACUUCUGGUAGAGACCGUCACAUCCCUCCAUACAUUACAUUGGUUUCUACAGAACACAAUUUCACGGACCCGAACAUUCAAGAGCAUUGUGCAUAUACUCCAAGGAGUUUGAUUUGCUGUCGCGUAGUUGUUAUAACGUUCAUGCUGCUUAUGAUCCUACGUCAUGCACUACCGGUUAUCAUCUAUGGGGGCAGGGACUACUCAUUGACACUGUUCAUAUUUUUGGUACUAAGAACUAUUGGAAUUCUAUUGCCAAUCUAUGUAAUGGCAAAGGCUGCUUUUGCAUCAGUUAGGAGACGAAGACAGAGACACCCUUCAGAGGAAAUAUUGCCAAGCUACUUUGAGUUAUAAUGUGCAUCUUUUUGGGUAUAUCUAAAUAUCUUUGCUAGGAUGGCGAUCAUAACUCUAGUCUUGCCAUGUUAGAAGAAGGAGAUGAAUUAUUACUAUUGCAGCCCUCUCAACAAUCACAGAUGGUUCAUCUUCAAUGACAAUAUGGAGACUUUUUACUCAUUGUCAUCAGGCUAACACUCACUGCAGAAACCUGGGGACUGGGGUUGAACUUUGCUUCUUUGAAAGCUAAUUCUAGUUCAUAGGAUUCUUAGUAUGACAAUCUCAUCGCACAUGUAUUGGCUUUUAGGGGUUAGUUUAGUGGCGACAGUGAUACCUUCGCUUCAAACCAUUCUCUAACUAGGUCUUGAUUAAUCUCCUGUACAAGCUAACAUGUUCUUCUUGGCCAAGGAAUUAUAUACUCCGUAUAACAUAAUCCUAAUUACGGUGAAGGGAUAGGAAC